ACGCGGUCCUUCUGGGACGCGUCGUCGGCGACGAUCGCCGCGGCCGCGUCGCACCCGUUUUUGGUGGCCAUGGUCGACGGGAGCCUCCCCAUGGCCAAGUUCCGCUACUACGUCGAGCAGGACUCGCUCUACCUCAAGGACUUUGGCGACGCGCUGCGCCUCCUCGCGACCAGGGCGCCGACGCGCGACGCGGCCGCGCGGCUCGACGGCUUCGCCGCGGGCGCCGACGGCGCGGAGCGGGCGCUCCACGCGUCCUUUUUCGCGGGCUGGGGCAUCAAAGACGGCGCCCUGCCGCGGCAGGCGCCCCACACCCUGCUCUACACGUCGUACCUCCUCCGGGUCUGCGCGACGCGCCCGUACGCGGAGGGCGUCGCCGCGCUCCUGCCCUGCUUCUGGGUCUACGCGCACGUCGGCGACGCCAUGCUCGCCCGGCGGACCCGGGAGCCGACGGAGCGGCCGCCCCAGUUCGACGCGUGGAUCGACAUGUACGGCGGCGACGCGUUCCACGCCGCGGUCCGCGACUACCGCGCGCUCGUCGAGGACGCCGCGCGCGCGGACCCGGCCGCGACGCCGCGCAUGGCCGAGCACUUCGCGACGGCCUGCGACCUCGAGAACAUGUUCUGGACCCAGGCCCUCGACGGGCUCGCCUGGCCCUAA